AUGGGACAAAGUAAACCGUUUAAAGUAUUCAAUUGUACAUUCAUUCAACUGGUUGUUUUCAGGAGUAUAAAAAAGCAAGGCCCGCUGAAAAAGCGGGGCGAGUUCAUCCAGAACUGGCGCGAUCGCUACUUCAUCCUCUACACGGACGGGACGUUCAAUGGUUACCGCCGUGAACCGCGGCAAAACGACGCCAAUCCCGAAAAUAACUUCUCAGUGAACAACGCGCAACUGAUAAAAGUCAGGGACACUGGAUUUGCCCUACGAUGCAGGCAGAGAAACGGUGGCGUCAUCGACAGAAACUUCCAAGCGGCAAACUCAAACGAUCGCGACGAUUGGGUCCGCUGCAUCGAGGAAGUGUCCGGGCAUCCCGAAGAAACGAUAGAAUGCGACGAACUAAUGGAAGAAGUGGAGAUAGGAGAAGGACAUUCAAUUCCCAUGGCCAGGGAUAUCUACAGGCCGCGACUUUCGAUAACAGAUUUCGAAACAGAAAAAGUGCUGGGGCGGGGGACUUUCGGCAGCGUUCUUCUCGUCUACAAAAAGGAUGACAGCUCAAAGAGACGUCUAGCCUUAAAACUCAUCUCUAAAGAAGUUAUCCGCCAAAAGGAUGAAACUGAACACACUCGAAGCGAGCGACAGGUGCUCGGAAACAUCAACCACCCCUUUCUCGUCCGACUUUACUACGCUUUCCAGUCCCAAACUCAUUUAUGCUUGGUAAUGGAAUUUGCACGAGGUGGCGAAAUUUACACCCACUUAUCCAGAUGUGGCACCUUUCCGAUUUCUAGGUGUCGAUUUUACGGCGCGGAAAUCACCUCUGCUCUCGGCUACCUUCACUCGAAAAAUAUCAUUUACCGCGAUCUCAAACUCGAGAAUUUAUUGCUCGACGCUGACGGCCACAUCAAAAUCACUGACUUCGGACUCUGCAAGGAGCUCAGUCGGGAUGAUCAAAUUACCAGAACUUUUUGCGGAACUCCAGAAUACCUGGCGCCCGAAGUCCUUGACGACUAUCCCUACAGCUUUCCAGUCGAUUGGUGGUCGCUUGGAAUCGUUCUCCACGAAAUGAUCGUCGGAAAACUCCCCUGGCCAACUUGGUCCUCUCAUGAUGAACUGUACCAGCGAAUCUGCAACGAACGAGUCCCACCUCUGCCGAACAGAAUCCCCCGCGACACCUGCGAUCUUCUUCACCGACUACUCAACAAAAAUCCUGAAACGCGUCUCGGUUUCAACGGCGUCGUCGAGGUCAAAUCACAUCCGUUUUUCUUGAAUGUCGAUUUCAACGCCCUUGAGCGACGAGAAAUCCGACCCGAAUUCACGCCGUACAUCAACGGGCCAGACGAUGUGAGCCACUUCGACGGAGAGUUCACGCGUUUGGACCCACGCCGCGUGCUGCCAAGCUCGGACGAGAAUCGGUCGAUGAUCGAAGACACUACGUAUCCAGGUUUCAGCUACGACCAGGCACCGACCAGCGUCUCCCGCUCCUUCCAAGACAAGAGUGACCCCUUCGAAAUCGUCGAUUACAGUCAUGAAGUCAUGAACUGA